CCUCACUACAAUUGGAGUGUGGAAUAGGAACGGUGUGUCUCCACGGUUCCUAUCCCUUUUCUUCAUAUAAUAUAUCUUGCCUCUAUUUCGCUCUCUGGGUUCACGGAAACGAGUGGAAGUUCAUAGUCUCAUCACAUGAAGAUAUUAGACCAUGUGAUGCCAAGAGAAAAAAGCACAUUUCUACCUACGUUCAGUGAUUAAGAGAACGAUUAGGUAAUGAUGGUAGUCCACAGCCCGGCAACUGUUGCCAGGGGGAGACAACGGGUAUCCCCUUCUCUCUCUCCUAGUAAAUCUCUGACGAUGCAAUCCACAUCUGCCUUUUCCACCUUUUUCUUCAAAUCACCUAACUUCCACCUCUUCCCUCUCCAUACCAACUCCCUCCUUCCCUCCCUCUCCUUCAUUCUCAGCUUCAACAGCGGUUCCUCUCGUCCAAAUCUCUCUAGUGUAUUGAAGAAGGUGAAGGUGGUCCAAUUAAUGCCCACCACCAGCACUCGGAGCAUCAACUGCACCGUCCACUGCAGUACUCUAAGGGAGAGGAACAGGACUGCAAACACUGUUGUCGUUGGCAACAGGAACAGAAGGGCUGUGAAUACAAUCGUCCCUAGCAACAACUGAUUAGUGUCGUAAUCGCAGGAGUCGACUCGCUGACGUAAAACGUUCCAUUUCUUGCCGCGAAAGAGGCGUGAUAGAGACAGAAGAGCUGAUAACUGUAGUUUUAGGAGACGAGAGGAAAAAACGAAGAAACAGAUGUGGCAAAGGUUGAGAAAUUUGAAGAAGUCGUGAAGGAGGGAGAGGGAAAGAGACAGGCCCAGCGUUGAGGUGAGUGCAGGGAGAAGGGGGAUGAGGAGAGGAAGGUAGAAGGAGAGGAAAUCGCGGUAGAAGAUCUCCCACAGUCUCAGGAGAUAGAGACAGCGAGAGCCAAGGAACAGACUCAGCGGAGUGUUCAGUUUCAGACCGGCUGGAGCACCCAUAACCCAGUCCAGGAGCCCUCGCGUCACUCGCAGACUCGAGAGCGUGUAGCGAGCGACGCCGUGCUCCAGUAUUCCCCCGGCAUUGUAGUGUUUCCAGAGCCACGCGGCGGUCCAGCCCAGGGCGAGGUCCAGUAACAGCACAAUCACUGCAGCCGUAGAUACGGCUCCGUAGCGACGGCUGAUGAACCCGCCUGCCGUCUGGAGGACUCGCCACCUCACCUCCAACUGCUGUAGCACCAGAUUUCGUCUGUAGAGUAGAGAUACGGCGCCUCGAAACAAGUCCAUCUUUACUACACGUGACUAGCUAAUUAGUGCGCACCCAAACGUUGCUAUUGGCAACUGCGAAGAGCUGCAAGAGAGAUGGCCGACCCUAGGAAGUACGCCGCAAACAGGAGGCGAGCGCUGAAAAUGCAGCGGGAAUUAGACUAUGUUAGAGAAAAGGGUUCUCUGGAGAGGAAUCUGAUGGAAACUGGGGUGAACCAGUCUCUAGCUACUCUGCCCCGCUCCCUCUCUCCCUCCUCACAUCAUCUACUCCAGCCAGUGAAGUUGUCUGACAGAAAGAAGAAAGCUAAGAGUGCAGAGAAGAAGAUUGUGCUAACGACAUCGCGACCUCAGCUAAAGUCCCUUGCCAUCUCCUCUCUCCAUCACACCUCCGGACCUGUUAGCCACACCCAAAAACCACGCCAACUCCCACCUGUAUCGUCAUGGAAACUGCAUGGCUACGAAUUGUUCAGCUCUGUGCGAGUUGAUUUGGAACUAGAGACCAGAAGCAGUGAAAUGGUGGAUCGUGCAGACAUGAAAACUGUACGCGAUGGUGGCGGAGCAGAUUUUGUUGAAAUGGGACAUGGUGAAGAAAUCAAUGCCAGUUGUGAAGAUGUGGAUAAAACAGUGGAUGAAAGGGAAAUGGAUUGUGGUCUGGGACCCAACGAGGAACUAGGCAGUAGAGACCAUUUGUCACUGGUGGAAGAAAGGGUGACCAUCGGUGAAAGUACUCGGAGCAAUCAGAUUGCUGUGAGAGUUGUCAAGAAGGGGCUGGCAUUCUCCUCUGGUCCUGUGACGAUGGAGGAAAUAAUGUCUCUGCAUGGAACUCCCCUCUCCCUUCACCUCCCUCCCUCCUUCCCUCUCUCCUCCAGACGCACUGCGACUACUGCAGCUGCUGGUGUCCAGUAUAUGGCUUCUCACACCUCCAUGCACCAUUUCUGCACUGAGCCACUGUCGGCUGAACUGCCAGCUGCCGUACAGGCUCAGCAGCGUCUGAGCAUCUCCCGGGGAUCACAUGAGCUGUCAUGUGACCCAUCACAUGAUCAGGCAGGGAGAUCACAUGACUCAGGGGGUUCUGCUACUGAUCAGAGUGGGGGUGUUUGGACAGCAGCAGGGAAACGACUGGAAAUUGCCCAAACCCCCACGAACUUGCUAUGGCAACCAGUCCCUCCCAAACUGAGUCUGCGACCUCGCACAGUGACUUUUCACCUUUUGCCACAUCUCUCACCCCAACUAAAGACCUUUCGUGCAAGAACUUCUGAGGAACCAGUUACAGACGCACAUGUCCGAAAACUGAAUGAUAUCAUCAGGGAACAUAAUGAUGUCAUUGAGACCAGUGAAACACUUCCUUCUUCACCAGCCUCACCAACAGCGCAACGUCCAACUGAACCAGAUUCUCCUUCCUCCCCCACUUCCUUGUCUCCUCCCCAACAUCUUCCGAAACCCAAAGUUGAUCCCAGUCCCAUGGCUGCCAUGGCAAUGAGAGAGUAUGACAUCGUUCUUAGAGAAGUGACCAAUCAGAGGAGGAGUCUAUUGGGAGACAGAGAGUCUGGCAGUCUGGCUGCCCAGAGACAGUCUUCUCGUCUGGACCACUCCAUCAGUGUGCCGCGAGGUCGAGUUAGAAGACAGUCGCGAGGCGGAGAGAGACAACUAGACACAUCUCUAUCUCUCUCGAGCUCUGGCUGGAGACUAAGAAGACAGGCCAUACAGGGGAGAGGAGGAGGGAGAAGAAAGAGGCGGUCACAAGUCCUGACCUCCAGCGCCAUCCUCAGAACAAAACUGGCUAGAGAGGCUCUGGAUGCCAGCAGAGGUCGACAGAGGUUGCGAAGAGCCUCGUAUCCCUUGGCAACCAGUGAAGCAGAGUUCGAGGGGCAGAAACACGGCCGUCACAGAAGGUUUUCCAUUUCACACUACUGUGAUGAUGACUUCACUGCCCUGAUGACCAAAUAUGGAGCUCCAGUGAACUCUGACCCCUGGACCUGGACGCAGGAACUUUGGUGGGGGGUGUGGUUUCCUGAGGCUCUCCGUGAGUGUCGGCGGGCGUUGGCACAGUAUUACCAUGGCGACCAGCUGCGAGCUCUGAUUGGUUCGUCAAUCCCCGAGGGAGGGUUUGGUGAGGAAGAACAGGAGAUUGUGGAAAGAGAGAAGGGAGGGAAGAGAGGGAGGGAGGAGGGGCAGGAGAAAGAAGAUGUGAUUGAAUUACGGACGACAUCUACUUGUGAAGGGGACCUAAAAUCAUGGGAGGAAGAGUGUGAGGAGGUAGAUGAGAAGAUGGAGAAAGACGGAGAGACGGCGUGUCUGCUGAGCCAGAGAGCAGCUUUGCUUAGGAAGAUGGGCAGGCUGCAGGAGGCAUGGAGAGAUGUAAACCGGUCCCUUUCCCUCUCCCCCUCCUAUUCCUCGGCUCUCUGGACCAGACAUCUGCUCCACCUCACGGCUGGCUCCCACUCUUCUGCUCUUGCUGACCUGCAGACCAUCGCAUCUUCCUCCCCCUCCUCUUCUCUCGUCUCUCAGGAUUGCGAGGCUGGACUUGUGUUCAUGUCACUGAUGGCACUUGUCCACCAUAACAAGAAGACGGAUCCCUCCCUCUCUCUGCCACUUCUCUCCCAAGCCAUUGCAAUGUGUCCAGAUAGUCCUGAGCUGCUGAGGGAACGAGCUGGUGUCUAUGAAAUAUUAGGACAUCACAACAAGGCCCUUCACGACUAUAAUAUGGUGCUGAACCUUACCCCUCGUGAUCUCAUGUCUCUUGAGAAAGUCGGAGAUCAUUGUCUUAGAGAAAAGAAAUGGGCGGAGGCCGAAACUAACUAUUGCCAUGUACUGCACUCACAACCCACCCUCACAAGGGUCAGAGUUCAACGAGCUCAGGCACUCAUGCACCUGGGGAGGCAGGAGGAAGCAUUGCGAGAGCUGUGUACUGCAGUACACCUUGCCCCAGAGGACCCUCAACCGAGGUUCUGGCGUGGCUGUCUCAUGCGGCAGUUAGAUCCUCGUUGGGCCCUCAGGGAUCUCAGUGUGGCUCUUCUUCUCUCGUCUUCUUCCUCACACCUGACCGCUAGUAUACAUCUCUAUAGGGCCCUGGUCUACGUCAAACUACACUGCUACCAGGAGGCUCUGUCUGACCUGACUUCAGCCAUUUCCCUCCACCCCUCUUUCUUCUCCGCCCACCUCAUAUCUGGCCUUCUCCACCACACCUUCCUCGGCAACCCAGCACGAGCUGUUCGCUGCCUGUCGUCUGCACUGAGAGUUGACCCAACCUCAACCUCUGCCCUCCUUGCCAGAGCACAGGCCUUUCUCUGCCAGGGAAAGCUAAAGGAAGCGGAGAGAGACUACAGCAGACUAGUCCACAUGUCACCUGACACCACCACUGCCUACAUCCUCAGAGGAAACCUCUCCAGACUCUCACACAACACCCCCAGAGCCAAGGAACACGCAUUGAUUGUGAGGAAGUUGACGAUGAACGAUGAGCCUUCGGCCGUUAAGGCCCUCGUUGCUGCAUUCCUUCAUGAAAAUGACGAGGCAGUAUCCAUAGCGACGGCUCUUCCCUCUCACUCCCUGCUACAAGGGAAACUUCUGACGAAAGCCGGUCGCUAUUGGGAAGCCAUUCAAGUUCUGGGGUCACCUGAGAGUCACGUGACUGAAACCGACCAAUCAGAGUGCAGGAUUGUUCUGGGCGUUGCCCACCUGUAUGCAGGGGGAAGAGGACAAAGUUUUGAAGGUCUGCUGUGUCUAGAGAGAGGAGACAUGACCACUGCCAUACACGACUUGUCUCUAGCUCAACAGCUAACUCCAGAGGACCCGUCACUGCCCCACGCACUAGCACUAUGUCACCACAGAGCCGGCAAUCUUCCAGCAUCUCUGGCGGCCUAUACAUCAGCUCUAGGUCUAGACCCUGUCUUCAUAGAGGCCAUGUUGGGGAGAGGAGAUGUGUAUAUGGACAGUGGGACGGAGGAGGGAAGGGAUAACGCCAGACACGAUUAUUCUAAGGCACUGGAACUGGAUCCACACAGUGAGUCUGCCAGGAUCAGCAUGGCAUAUCUCCUCCAGUCAGAGGGAAGAUUCAUGGAUGCCUGGAACACUCUAACUGAGGGCUCUGCCAGGGACCAGGAUCUGAGUCCAGACCUGCUGGCAGCACGAGGGAUUGUCAGUCUGCAAAUGGAGCAGCUCCAGGGAGCCAUGUCGGAUCUCUCUCGCUCCAUCUUCCUCUUCCCCUCCCCCGAGACACUCACCAAUAGGGGUGUGGUCCACUGUUUCCUUGGCGACCGGCCUAACGCCAUGCAAGACUACCAACGAGCACUAACAAUAGAUCCUAAGUACGCCCUGGGUCAUUUCAACAUCGGGAACAUAUUGUUUUCUGAACACCGUUUCCGUGACGCUAUAAGGAGUUACAGCAAGGCCCUGGAAAGAGGUAGUCAUGGUGACGUGGUGUUAGUAAACAGAGGGUUGGCAAGAGAGAUGGUGGGAGAGAGAGAAGGAGCAAUGGCUGACCUCUCAGGUGCCAUCUCCCUCAACCCACACGCUGCGCAUGCCUUCUUCAACAGAGGAAACCUCUAUCGUUGCCGUGGCGACCUGCAGGCUGCUCAGCAGGAUUACCAAUCAGCUCUCAGACUGUUGCCAGGAGAUUGGUUGUGUGGGUACUAUCUCGGUCAGGUGACUGGAGAACUAGGAGACAGAGACAGAGCAACCGCCAUCUUCCACCAGGCGGCCAUUUCUCAACUCCCUCUCCCCUCCUUUUCCUCAUCCUCUUAGCACGACUGUACUGUACAUGUCACAAUGCUAUCAUCAACAUGUGUAACGUUGUAGUGAGCUAAAAAUUAAUGUUGUUCUAAGCCUGACUGCUGUUCUAACCUU